AUGAACCCCCAGUUGGUCGGGAUCCUACUCUGCACCCUGCUAGGCGUUGCCUUGGGACACCGCACAAGGUGCUAUGACUGCAGUGGAGGCCCCAGCAGCUCCUGCAAGCAGACCGUGAUCACCUGUGGUGAGGGUGAGCGCUGCGGCUUCCUGGACCGCAAACCCCAACCCAACCCUGGACAAGUCAAGCAACCCUCUAUGGUCUUGAGUCAGCACCACCCAGCCUGUGUGGCCACCCACCACUGCAAUCAAGUGGACAUAGAGUCGGUGGGCGGCGUGACCUUCACAACCCACAAAAACUGCUGCUUCGGAGACCUAUGCAACGGCGCCGUGGCGAGCUCCGUGGCCCCUCUCUGCGUCCUGGCUGCAGCUGUCACCACCCUGGUCUGGCUCUUGCCAGGACUGUAG